UUAAUUUAAGUUGUUUGCGCUGCAUGGCCGUGGCAAGUGCUCGUUCUUCGUUGCCGUCGUCGUCGUCGUCACCAUUGCCGCCCUUGUCUCCUCAGCCGGUAGUACCUGCAGGCGUUGAGCGGAUGUUGGUGCGCGCAGGCGGAGGAACCCGCAGCCUCAGAGAGAUUGACGAGGAGGAAGAUGACGACGACGAUGACGGAGGAAAGACUUACGUGUCGGUCGGCAAGGACCUCAAGGACGGCAAGGCCAACAUCCAGUGGGCAGCUAGGAAACUCCAGCCUCAGCAGGGUGAUGUCAACAAGCUUCUUGUGCUGCUGCAUGUCCACCAGCCUGCAGACAGAAUCAUGAGCGGCUUGUGUAAGGUUCCUGCAAAACAGCUAGAAGAAAAGGAGCUCAGAGCAUACAGAAAGAUUGAGAAGGACGAUAUGAAUAAACUUUUAGAACAGUACCUGAGUUACUGCAGAGCAUUUCCAAAGGUGCAAGCUGAAAAAUUGGUGAUUGAGAAGAACAGUGUUGCAAAUGGCAUUGUUGAGCUUAUUGAUCAACAUCACAUUACAAAGCUUGUUAUGGGAACAUCUUCCUUCUCAGUGAAGAGGCAAGUACCAAAAUCAAAAGUUGCAGCAAUUGUACAUCAACAGGCCAAACCAUAUUGCCAGAUCUUAUAUAUUUGCAAAGAAGCUCUUGCUUGCACUAGGGAAGCCAGUCAGUUUGCUGACAAAGGAGAUUCCCCCAGAAGCAGCUCCGGGAGUUCUCUGUCAGAUAAGUCUGAAUUCCCUCCAAGAUCAGUGUCGUUGCCGUCAUGGUAUUCAGGUUUCUUAGGCUCUCCAGAUCAGCAAUCGCUACCUCGGCGGUCCAAUUCCAUUAGUCAUCCCUUUCCCUUUUCAAGACAAUUAGAGAACGGCGUGGAAAAUAUAUCACCUAUAAGGCCAAACUCAGUCGACGUAGCACCAAAAGGUUGCUCCCCGAAUUCCAGCCAUCAAAGCAAAGGUUCCUCACCAACUCUGACAGAUUUGGACACUGUGGAUGGAUUAUCAGUACCUGUUUCAAGCUCAAGCUCCGAAGAGCAUCAGCAUUUCAUGGUGGAAGCUAACAUGCAGAAUGAAAUGUUUGAACAAUGGCAGCAAGUUCGCAAUGAGCUAGAACGGUCAAGAAAGGAAGCAUCUGAGGGCCGACAGAAAGCCGAGAAAGAGCUGUUUGAAGCGUCUAAGAUGUUUAGAGCACGGGAGAAUUCACUCUGUAAAGAAAAAAUUGCGGUAGAGGAAAGACUAACCAGAGAAAAGGUCAGUCUUGAAAAGGAGCACCUCCAGAUCUACAAUGAGCUGCAGAAGGCAAAUGAGCAAAUAAUGGAACUGGAGAGAAAGCUUAUGCAUGCCAAUUCUCUAAUGGAAGAGCUCCAGACUGUGCAAGGAGAGUUGCAACGUCAGAAAGACAAUGCUGUGAAAGAAGCUGAAAAGAUGAGCCAAAUAAACUGCAACAAUGUAUCUUGUUCUACUAGUGCUGUUGCCUUGACAGAGUUCACCUACACAGAGAUUAAAGAAGCGACUAACGACUUUGAUGAAUCCAAAAUGAUCGGACAUGGUGGAUGUGGAAGUGUCUACAAAGGUUUUCUCCGUCAUACCACUGUGGCUAUAAAGAAAUUCAACCGUGAAGGCAUAACAGGAGAGAAAGAGUUCGAUGAUGAGGUAGAGAUUCUGGGAAGGAUGAGACAUCCAAACCUUGUGACCCUGAUUGGAGUGUGCAGGGAGGCCAAAGCUUUGGUCUAUGAGUUCUUGCCAAACGGGAGCCUAGAGGACCGUUUGCAAUGUAAACACCAAACAGAUCCACUUCCAUGGAGAAUGAGGAUCAAAAUUGCUGCUGACAUCUGCACAGCACUUAUCUUCCUUCAUUCCAACAAACCAAAAGGCAUUGCCCAUGGUGAUCUGAAGCCUGAUAAUAUUCUCCUUGGAGACAACUUUGUAGGCAAGCUAGGGGACUUUGGGAUAUCUCGUUCGUUGAAUCUGACAAACACCACCAUCACACCUUACCACCAAACAAACCAAAUUAAAGGCACAUUGGGAUACAUGGAUCCAGGAUACAUUGCUUCAGGGGAGCUCACAGCACAGUAUGAUGUCUAUUCAUUUGGAGUAGUGCUGCUAAGAUUGCUAACUGGCAAGAGUCCACUAGGCCUUCCUAGUGAGGUAGAGGCAGCCCUGAACAAUGAAAUGCUGCAACAGGUAGUUGAUGCUUCUGCAGGGGAAUGGCCACCUGAGUAUAGUAAAAAGUUGGCAAUCCUAGCACUGAGAUGUUGCCGGUAUGACAGAAAGGAGCGCCCUGAUCUUGCCAAGGAGGCCUGGGGUGUUUUACAAGCCAUGGUGAACUAUCCAGACAACAAAUGCAAGAUACCAUCAUUUUUCAUCUGCCCAAUGACACAGGAAAUCAUGAAGGAUCCACAUAUUGCUGCUGAUGGAUUCACAUAUGAAGGUGAGGCUAUAAAAGACUGGCUUCAAAGGGGGCAUAAGACGUCCCCCAUGACCUACCUCAGUUUCACACACUACGAGCUGAUUCCCAAUAAUGCCCUUCGUUUUGCCAUUCAAGAGUGGCAAAUGAAACAGCAACUAUGACCUUUUAUUUGGUUUGUAUUUUAUCGUGUAUCUAAAGUUUAAGAAAAUAGUUUAAAUUGUAUAGUGUAGGGAAUUACAUUUUAACUGAAGCAGCUAAUACUUUCUCAAAAUUUUGGAGUCCAUGGAUAGAAGUGAUGUACAUAUUUGAGGAGGCUCACACGUUUAGGAUGAACUUACUUGCAACGUAACCUAACCAAGAAGAUGUAGUACCCAGAAAAGGAUACUAGAUCCACCUGUCAAUGGA